UGAUCCUUAUAUGAAAAGUCGUGUCCCCACGCACCAAAUGUACUUUUAUUACUUUUGAAAAGAAAUGAAAGAACACUGGUUUUCAGAAAAGAGGAAUAGCGUUAUUAAACUUAUUAUGCAUCUGAUUGUUUGUAUGAAUACAAUUCUAGUCUUGAAGUCCAUACGUUGAGAUGCAACCUGUUUACUAUUGGAUAACUAUUUGCCUGUAUGUCAGUGAUCAGUAUGUGGCUUUGUAGUAGUAAUCAUUAGGUUGCUGGACCCCUUAUGUUAUAAUGAAUGAUGAAUCUGACUGAUCUACCUCCAGAACUUCUCUUGUCAAUAUUCUAUUUUCUAAGAACAAGAAUAGUGUUAACUAAAGUGGCCUGUGUAUGCAAGUUGUUUUAUCAUCUUGUUUCAACUGAAGCAAUAUGGAAGAUAAGGUUUACAAAAAGCUGGCCAACAAGAAUCAAAACGCACAAUGAUUUCAGGCACAUUUCUCCAAGGUGGAAAGAACUAUGCUAUAAAAAUGAAGAAUUUGAUGAAUUCUGGGUCCAUGAAAAGAAAAUUCUUUCCAUGACUUCUGUUAUCCAGUCUUAUCCUAUUGAUUCGUUGUUAUUAAUGAAUUCCGGAAGGCUGUUGAUAUCUGGUUCAAGAGACAGAUCCAUUUGUAUCACCAAUCUGGAGAAUAUGAAGAAAUAUGAAAAUGAGUUUGACUUGUCUAAGGCUCCUUGCUCUUAUAUUAAUGAACACAUGGGUUGGAUUUGGAGACUGGUACAUGAUCCAAUUAAUCCUGAACGAUUUUGUUCUGGAGCUUGGGAUGGUUAUAUCAAGUUGUGGGAUGUCCAAACUCUGACAUGUUCUGAGUCUAUACACACUGCAACACCUCCCUUAUGCAUAUCAUGGACAAAUGACUUACUUAUUGCUGGUUGCAAUGAUAAAACUAUUCGUCUUAUUGAUCCAAGAACUUUUUCAAUGGUUGAAAAAUUGAAGAAUCAUACCAGCUCUGUGCUGUGUCUGUACGCUAGUGAUGACGUCAUUAUAUCAGGAAGUGAUGACCAAACAUUAUGCGUGUUUGACAAGAAAGCUGGAAAAGUCUUAAAAAAGUUACAGCUUGCAUCUCCUGCAUUUUGUCUUCAUCAUUGGAGCUAUGGUUACGAUCUCUUACGUGUAGCUGGCCGUAAAAACAUAUAUGAUAUUAGUAUGGAUGAUCGUUGUUAUGAAUUAAUCAAGACAAAUGGCAACACUGGACAUUCAAAAAAGAUAAAUGAUUUUGCAUGUUUUAAAGGAGCAUUAUUAACUGGCUCUGCCGACGGCAAGUUACUUGUUUGUGAACCAUCUUUAUCUUUAUCACCUACGAAGCUUUUACACGAAGGAAUACAUGAAAUUACCAGAUUAUCAACCUGUGAGAAUAUUCUUGCAAUGGCUUCUUCUGGUGGAAAGCUUUGUUUAUGGAGGUUUUAGCAAUGAUUGAAGACAAGAAGGUUUAAGAUGAGACUCAUUUGGGUGGUCACAAUCUCUUACACAUGUACCUUUCUUGGCAUAAGGUUAAGUUCUAAGCUCUGUCUGUUUAGUAGUUUGGCUUUUAGUGACAAUUAAAGUUUAAACAAACUAUAAUACUAUUAUCUACAUAUAUUGUUUGUCAUUGUAAAAAUUAAUAUUCUUUCAUUUUGAAAAACCAUUAAAUAUAUAUGAGUACUGGUGUAAUAUAGAAAA